CCGAUCCGACUUGACCCCGCGUAUUAGAACUUUAAGUACGCGCAAGACAACUGCAGGACAAAUUCCCGCGGUACGAGAGCACACUGCUAUUCUUUACAACGUGUUUGACACGAUAGGGUUACUGUACUGGUUUCUACUUUCUUGUAUUUUAGUUUUAUUUCCGUCAUGCCUUUAUAAUGCGAAGCUGUUGCAUGUACGAAUAACUCAAGAAUGAAAAAUAAACCAAGAUUUUUUAGGUUUCCCAACAACAAUGCCGUAUUGAGACAGAAAUGGAUUGCUGCAUGCAGGCGAAAAAAUGCUGAUGGCUCGAGGUGGAACCCGACAGGCAGGAACAUUUAUUUGUGCGCCAAACAUUUUAUUACCGGUAAAGCAAUGAAACGACUAGUUGACCAAGAUCACCCAGAUAGUGUCCCAAGUAUUUUUAAGUUCAACCCAACAAAUGAAGAGAUUAAUAGGCAGAAAAUAGCAAGAUACAAUUCUGCUAAAGAAAGAGAACAGGCGAAGGUUAAACAAACUAAGGAAAAAAAAUUGGCGGUUAAAGAGAAUAGGAAGAAAAAACAGCAACAAAAACUUGGGUUGGAUAUGAAUGUGCCUUGUGAAGCAGUGCCAUCUACCAGCAACAUAGCUACAAGAGGCGUCAGGUGCCAGUCAACAACCACUACCACUGAAGUGCAGACUCAAACUUGCUCAUUAGUCUUAGAGUUUGAUUAUGUAAAUGAAAUUAAUAGUCUUCGGAAAGAAAGAAAUGAUGCCACUGAAAAACUUAAAAUAACCAAGAUUUUAUGUUAUGAAAAAUUCAAGGAUAACAAAUCAAAAUUUAAAUAUUAUACAGGCAUUGAAAAAGAAGUAUUUGAUAAAGUAUUUAAUAAUCUAGAACAAUCACUCCCAACUAAUCAAAAAUUUGCUAUGCCUUUCAAAGACCAAUUUUUUAUGACCCUUACCAAACUUAGACUUAAUGUGCAAUUUGAAAAUUUGGCAGAUCAGUUUGGAUCAACUAAGUCCACAGUGCAUGCAAUAUUUUGGAAGUGGAUUGAUUUACUUUUUAUAAAAUUAUCCUUUUUGAUACAUUGGCCAGACCAUGAUGCUAGUAUAAAAACCCAGUAUUUCCCUAGAUUAACUGGAAUUAUCGAUUGUUCUGAAAUUUUUAUUGAAAGACCUACACAUUUGAAAGCCCGUUCCCAAGUUUACUCCAAUUACAAAAAACAUUCCACAAUUAAAUUUCUUAUUGCAUGUACAUGUACUCCCCAUGGUUCAAUUUCAUUUUUGUCAAAUGUAUGGGGCGGUAGAGUAUCAGAUGGGGAAAUUGUAAGAAAAUCCGGUUUUCUUGAUAGUAAAUUCCAUCAUUAUGGUGAUCAAAUAUUAGCUGAUAGGGGUUUUACUUUAGCUGAUGAAUUUGCUACUAAAUGUGGUGUAGAACGUUUGAUUCCAAGUUUCACUAAGGGCAGAAAACAACUGCCAGCUAGGGAAGUUGAAGUCACACGCCAAAUUGCAUCAAUAAGAAUCCACAUUCAACGGGUAAUUGGUUUAAUGAAAAAUCGUUUACAAUUCUUAAUGGCCCCUUACCAAUUACAAUGA